AUGCCGAAGCUGGUCUAUCCGCGCAUCUCUCUCCUCAAUAAGAGGUCUGUGUCAGCGCGAUCUUUUGGCUCGCUGUCGCGACAGCAGCUAGCACAGCCUCGUCAUGGCCUUCUCAAUGAGCCGUGGCUUCCUCCGGCAAUAAACUCCCCACUCCCAACCGCAUAUUUCUCUCCGACCCGCGUACGCCGCGAACUAGACGGAGGGGAAGGAAAAUCUCAACGAAACGACCAUAAGCCACCCGAUGAAAGGACCUUGAAGCUCGGAAAGACUUUACGGACCCUAUCCCCUUUACUCCCAACUCUCCUGUACAAUACUCUUCCCACCAAAAUCCUUGCCCCAAGCGUGACCCUUCAUCUUUUCCCAUCUACACAUCCACACCUCCCAACAGUCAAAGGACGCACCCUAUACCGCGCAGCACUAUGGACAGUCCCAGUCGCAUGGAGCAGCGUGCCCUUAGUCGGAAACGUGAAGCUACAAAUCCUCAGCGAAAGGAUCGUGCGCUCAGGCACACUGCUCGAUCCGUUGCGCAACGGUGACCACCACGACUGUGGCGAUGAGCGCCUAGUAGUUCGAUGGAAGACCGAGCCUCGGACAGAUAGCGGGCCUUUCCAUGCCCCGUCUCCCUCGUCGAAGACAAGUUCAACCGCGUCUCAAAAUGCUGCUUCGUUGCAAGAGAGCCAUCUGUCAGCCUCGAAAAAGGGUACUAACAAAGGCCUGAGUGUGCUGCUUGGAGGUGAAGAACCUAUAUUCAAACUCUCAAAAGAAGAGCAGUUCACUGGUCUGUUUAUUUUUUCUUUCGAUGAGGAAGGUCGCAUCUUGACUCAUACUAUUGAGCACGCUGAUGAAGCUGAUGGCUGGGAACGGACUUCUAAAUUCGUUACUUUGACAGACUGGCUUAUUGGCAAGGCGCGUGGCUCUUUGGAUCCAGUCACAAAUCCAGGACUGGCCAUGGAAUCUUGUCAGAAUCAUGGGUUUGAUUCGAGUGACCACCGGAGAUCAUGA